AUGGAGGACUUUGACACCCGGCUUUCAGAACUUUCAAAGUGGAUCAAUUCUACGUCUUAUGGUGGCAAAUUAUCCCGAGAGACAUAUAUAUCGUCCGACCUUGUAGUAAAAGAUGUUAAGGGUUCGGGAAGAGGUGUUUACGCGAGCGAAAAUGUCAACCCAAACAGCUUGAUCAUCAACAUCCCUCAUAGGUUUUUGUUAAACUUUGUCACGGUAUUGAAUCACAUCGCGAAAUACAAUGGGAUGAUACUUGCAAAUCAUGCAAUAGUGCCGCUGGAUAUGAACCACGACGCGUACACUAAAGUAUAUCAAAGAUUAUCAAAAGAUGAAUUAAUAAAGUUGUCAUCAUUUCAAUUGUUGUCCAUGUAUAUAAGCAUCGAAAGAAAACGGAACCAUUCUUAUUGGAGACCUUUUAUCAACAUGUUACCCUCAAUAGACGACUUUUCAUUGAUGCCUAUAAAUUUUGACGAGGAUACGCUUAGUUUAUUACCGGAAUCAACCAAGGCGAUGCACCAUAAAGUGCUACAGAGAUUUGAUCACGAUUAUCAAGUCAUUGUUGAUUUGCUCCGUCGCAAAUCUGUGGAUGUUUCAUCUGUGGUAACUAGAGAUGAGUUUCUUCUUUCAUGGCUCAGUAUCAAUUCGCGUUGUUUGUUCAUGAAAUUACCCACAAGCUCCAGCCCACUGGACAACUUCACAAUGGCGCCUUAUGUCGAUUUUAUUAAUCAUUCCCCCGAUGAUCAUUGCAAUUUGAAGAUCGAUGGCAAGGGUUUUCAAGUGUUUACUACCUCUGCAUAUUCACGCGAUGAGCAGUUGUACUUUAGCUAUGGUCCCCAUAGCAAUGAAUUUUUGCUUACAGAGUACGGGUUUAUAAUUGUUGACAAUAAAUGGGAUGAUAUAAAUGUGUCAAAAGAAAUAUUGUUUCUAUUGAAGCCGAACCAUGUUGAAUUUUUGAAGCAAUAUGACUACUUUGACAAUUAUACGGUGAACAGGGAAGGAAUGUCUUUCCGGACUGAAGUAGCAUUGGCUGCGUUUCAGGAAUCGAACCCUCAAGAGUCUAGGCGAUUGAUUGCGUUAAUCAAUGGAACUUUUGAAGGUUCAUCGUAUAUGACCGUCUCGUCUCGGAUUAUCUCAGAAAUUUUAGAAAAGAUAAUACAUGAGGCGGAGCAGUAUCAAUAUCUACAAUAUGCUGAUGAUCCUAAUCCCAUUCGAAGAUCCAGGAUGAAAACUAUAGGGCAAAUUUACAGAAAUCGCAAACAGCUCUCACGUAAUGUGAUUGAUAAUCUAACUAAAUUACAAACUUAA